AAUUUAAUUUGUUGAGGUGUCUACUAAUCCACUAUAAAUACCUCUCUCACAUUCACCAUCUCCUCACUUCAAUCCCUUUUCAUCUCUGCAAUUCAUCUUUAAUUUCUUUUCUAAACCACUCCUUUUUUACUCUUUUAAUUCCCAAAUGGCCUCUGUUGCGGUUGAGUCAGCUCCAACAACUUUGCCAGCUGAGACAAAAGAAGUGACCAACACUGAAGAGAUCAAGCAAACAAUAACCCAAGAAGAGCCAGAGGUUGCAGCACAACCAGCUGCAGCAGAGCCAGUGGUUGAUGAGCCAAAAGAGGGAGCAAAACCAACCGUGGAGGAAGCCGCGGCCACUGAUGCCCCAGCUGUGGAGGAACCCGCAGCCACCGAUGCCCCAGCUGUAGAGAAACCCGUAGACACCGAUGCCCCAGCUGCGGAGGAACCCGCAGCAGCCGCUGGCCCUGAAGCUGAGGCUCCAGCUGGUGAUGCAGUUGAUGAGGAAGAGAAAAAGCCAGUGGUAGAGGAACCAACCACAGAAGACCUGGCACCUGUGGUGGCAGAUGUGGUGGCCCCGGCCGAAGCAGCAGAGGAGAAACCAGUUGAUGAGGAAGAGAAGAAGCCAGUGGAAGACGAACCAAGCACAGAAGUUGCUGUUGAGAAGACUGAGGAAUAGAGGGUUCUUGUUUUGCAUGUCAAAGUUGGCAAGUUUUUAUUAUUAUUACAUUUUUUGUUGAUUUAAUAUGGUGUUUUUGUUUAUUUGAGGGUGUUUGGAUGAUAUUUGGACUAGUAGAUUAAAAUAAUAUUAGGCAACUACUUGGAUCCACAUCAGCACGCUUGCAAAGUGGCUAGUAUUCAAUGGUGGGGGAGAUGUAUAUGCAUGACAUGAGAGGAUAGUCAUGACCAAGUUGCUGCAUUGUGGAUUAAAAAUAUUGAGUUUGAUGUUGGUGUGAUAAUUAUGUAUUCUCUCUAGUUUGAAUGUAUUAAUAUAUAUCGAUAUUUUUCACUUAA